GCCUCCCUCAUACGGCGGGAGAGUGGGUCCUUGUCUCCUGCUCCCCGACUUAGGUGUUCAGUCCCAACUCCGACGAGGUUCUAAGUCCCCACCGCGUCUCCCACAGCCCAGUCUCAGCUGCAAGCUGCUGGAGAGCCUGGAGCCAGGAAAGGAAUUCGUUUCCCCUCCCCGCGAAGCCAGGUGGGGUCCUCGCCCCGCUCCCCAGCCUCGCCUUCCACACUCUCCCGCCCGCUCCCCGGGGCCCCUCGCCGCCCGCCCAUGGCCCAGAAGCCGAAGGUAGACCCCCACGUCGGUCGGCUGGGGUACCUGCAGGCGCUGGUCACGGAAUUCCAGGAGACGCAGAGCCAAGACGCCAAGGAGCAAGUGUUGGCCAACCUCGCCAACUUCGCCUAUGACCCCGGUAACUACCAGUAUCUGCGGCAGCUGCAGGUCUUGGAUUUAUUCCUCGAUUCGCUGUCGGAGGAGAAUGAGACCCUGGUGGAGUUUGCUAUUGGCGGCCUCUGCAACCUGUGUGCCGACAGGGCCAACAGGGAACACAUCCUGCAGGCGGGGGGCGUCCCCCUCAUCGUCAACUGCCUGUCCAGCCCCAGCGAGGAGACCGUGCUGUCCGCCGUGACCGCGCUCAUGGGCCUGGGCGCGCCGGGCGCGCGCCUCCACCCCGAGCUGACGGCCCGGCCAGUGGUCCAGUGCAUGCUGCGCUUCUCCCUGUCGGCCAGCGCCCGGCUCCGAAACCUGGCCCAGAUCUUCCUGGAAGACUUCUGCUCCCCCAGCCAGGUGGCUGAGGCCCGCAGCUGGCAAGCGGAUGCCGCCCUGGGGAUCCCCCUGCCGAGGACGGAGGCCCCACAGCAGCCCUGACCAGCUGCCCGCCGGGCGAGACUGAAACCCUGGGGGGGCUCAGGGAGAGGCGGCGGCGGCCCGGCGGCGUGCCCUCUCCGCUAACGGCGCGCGCUCGGCCCUUUUCAAAGUGCGUUGUCUCGGCAUGGCAGGUAUUUGCACUGUGAUGAAAGGCCCCAGACGAGUGAGGAAGCCAGGCCUUGAGACGCGUGGAUGGGGAAGUUGAAGAUGCUGCCGUUUUCACGGGCUGCAGCUCUCAACCUCGUUGAGAGGCCCUCUUGCUGGCCCACCCCCGCCGGGUCUCAACCUCGCGGAGGAAGCAGCGUGGUCCCUGGACUCGGAGGCUUCGCAGAAGGUGUUUCUCCUGAGGAACAGCUGGGCCUGGAGCUUAGGAGAAUUGCCUGAGCUUGAGGAAGGAAGCAUUCUCCCCUAACAGAGGUGUCUGGAGUCAUUUUGAGACGCAGAAAUGAGAAGCCUUGUUGUUCAAAGUAUAUCGCGGCUCGGGGAAGCUGAGGGCGGUGUUGGGCCCCCGUCUGUGGAGGCUGGGUACCUGCCCCACAAGUCUCCAGGCUGGGCGUUGGGCCUGGCGGAUGCUGCCCCUGAGAACUCUCUGGCUUAACUUGACCCGUACAGACCUGUCAGCCAGACACCAUGGUAGGGCACCUCAAAGACCCGAGCGCGCCCCGUGCUGUUGAGAGUCCAGCCCAGUGACUGUUACCGUGGCCAUGAGGGUGAUGACACGUCAGAGGACAGGCACGGACUCUUGGAGCGGUGUCCUCUCCCCUCCCCACCCCACGGUCCCUGCUUGGAAGCCCUGGCCCGCCUUCUCUGCCAUCAGGUUUAGUGAGGGAGGGUGCUGUGCCUGGAAGCACGUCUGGGCCUCAGGCGGGCCUCAGGGAUGCAAGUAAGAGGGCUGCUGAAGGGAGAGGGGAUCAGAUGCUGACAUACAGUGCAGGGCCCAGAGUCCAGGGUACACUGCUCAGCAUGGGGGAAGGGGUGUGGGCCCCUGUGGAAAGCUGGGGUGCAGGAGCAGGGGAAGGUCCUGGCCCCGCUUAAGCUUGACCUCUUACGUGACCAAGGAGAGGCGGCUCGGAGAGGAACGGUGUCCAGGUGAACCUGGAGGUGGGCGGAUUAUGGGACUAAUCGACUAAGGAGCCCAGAGGGAGGGAGG